UAUACAGCGAAGUCGUUGAAAUUUGACUCACCUUGUUGAUUACAUACGUACAUCUUCAAAAUUAGCAUAAAAAACCCUACCAGCAAGUUUGUUUCUAACCCUCACAGGCUCAGAGAUUGCGAAGAAAUUUGCAGAGCUCUCAACUGUCAGUCACAGAAUGUCCCUGUAGAAGGCAAAUACAUCGAUGGAGAGUGAUUACAAUGAAGAGGCAGAUCGAUGAAGUGCCAGACACGUUGUUUUUUUCUCCUUACGUGUGACGUAGGCCUCAGCAAAAGAGCGCAAACAGUGAACAUUUCACUAGCAGCUCUCCGGAAAGCAUCCACACACGCGCUCUCUUCUCGUCUUCUCAAGUGAAGUGAUUCCAUUGGUGCUAUUUAGGAAGAUGAUCACGCUGCUUCUCCUCGGCUUUUUCUCUUUGAGCCAAGCAGACAACUUUGACCAGGUGUAUAGUGACCUGGAGAACUACAGGACUAUCUACAUCUCAGAAAAUGGGCCUCGACUGUCAGUUGUGACAGAGCAAGCCAGAGUGGUUUCUCGACGAGGGGGCAACAUAACACUGCCAUGCUCAUUCCAGAGGGACCCCUCAUCUGCACCAAAUCCCAAACUGAGGAUCAAAUGGACUAAGUUGACUUCAGACUUUCUGAAAGAGAUUGAUGUCUUUGUAGCUAUGGGUUUCCAUAAGAAGAGCUAUGGUAGCUUUCAUGGCCGUGUGCAUCUUCAAGGAGCCAGUGAGAAUGAUGCCUCUCUAGUCAUUACUGAGAUAACAUUAGAGGAUUAUGGGAAAUACAAGUGUGAGGUCAUUGAUGGCCUGGAGGAUGACACAGGAGUGGUUUCACUCGAUCUCCAAGGUGUUGUGUUCCCGUAUUUCCCUCGUCUUGGUCGCUACAACUUGAACUUCCAUGAUGCUGACAAGGCCUGUCGAGACCAGGAUGCCAUUGUGGCCUCAUUCGAUCAGCUGUAUGAUGCCUGGAGAGGAGGGCUAGACUGGUGCAAUGCUGGUUGGCUUAGUGAUGGAUCAGUGCAGUACCCAAUCACCAAACCUCGAGAACCAUGUGGAGGAAAGAACACUGUGCCUGGUGUAAGAAAUUAUGGGAUGCGAGACAAGGAAAACAACAGAUAUGAUGUAUUCUGUUUUACUUCUAACGACAAAGGACGGUUCUACUAUCUGACGCCCUCUUCCAAGAUGACGUAUGAUGAGGCGGUUCUGGCAUGUCAGAAAGAUGGUGCUCACAUUGCCAAAGUGGGGCAAAUGUACGCAGCAUGGAAGCUGCUGGGCUACGACCGUUGUGAUGCAGGCUGGCUGGCUGAUGGCAGUGUGCGCUACCCUAUCUCCCGCCCACGCCGCCGCUGCAGUCCCACGGAGGCUGCUGUGCGUUUCUCAGGUUUUCCGGACAAGAAGCACAAACUUUACGGUGUCUACUGCUUCAAAAGGCAGAACUGAGAAGCACCCAUGUGAAGCAUAGUUUUCUGCAGAGGGGAAGAGUAGAGGAGAAGUCAGUAUGAGAGCAUGUUAAAACUGUGACGGUGUUUUCCCAAAUACUGUAAUUGGAAAUAAUUGGUAAUACAGUAAGAAUUUGGUG